GGGAUUCGAUUCGGGCAACAUCACCGUGAAAAAAGAAAGAAUUGGGGAAAAUGUGGUUUUCGGUCAAGUGAUAGCCGCAAAGCAGGUUAGCUGGGCCGAGGAAAACCGGAGAUCGGUUCGGAAAAUCACCAACUGGCUGGAAAACUCAUUGGCUCGGUGCUCCCAUGAAAUUCCUGGCCCUUAAAACUUGUCGACGUUCGGCUGUUGUUGUUGUUGCUGCUGCUGCUGCUUGCUGAUGGCUGCAUUUUCGUAUUGGCAUCGGAUUUUUCUUGGGUACUCUUUGAUGUACAUAUAAAUGUACGUGCAAAUCCGGAACCGAUAAACGCCUGAAAAACCAACAAAAAGACUAGCAGCAGACAUAUAGAGUUCCACCAGAUAUUUCUAAUUAUACAACCCAGGUCGUAGUAAAAACGUAUUCCCCCGAAGAUCCGAAACUGGUUAUACACACAUCGCAAGGAACACGGGAGGUUGGGAGGGUUGCCCUAUGGACAAAAUCAAGUUAAAGGUUAUUGGCGUACUGCGUGAACGCGAUGGUGGAAAUCGUAGUGGUUCUGGAGGAUUGGCAGCAACUGCUGGUGGUGGUGGUGGAGGAUCUGGAGGAGUGACAGCCUCUACAGGUCAUCAAUUAGCAUCCACGGGAGGAGUGGGCGUGGCGCAGCCUUCGAUUGGGGUCACGCAGGAUAAUAACAAUGAAGGCAACGCCCAGGGGGCAGGAGUAGCAUCAAUGGAUCCCCAGACAACGGGAGGAGCAGGACCAUCGACGGGAGUUGGAGGUGCCGCUAGAACAUCGGUUCUAUCCAGACCACAAACCUCCAAAAUCAGUGCCCUAGACCUGGCCGGCAUACUCAACACGCGGAGACGACUCGAGUGGACCAAGGAGUGGCUGCGCAAGAACCAGGCCGAGUUCCUCAGCAAGGAGAACCUACUAAGUGAACUGCAGUCGCGCAAGGAUGAGUGCUAUCACUUGAAUUACUUCCUAGCCAUAACAGAGAGCCAGUUUCGGUAUUUAGUGCAAAAGCUGGAGCCCAUCAUUAGCCAGUAUGCCCCGCAGCGCAAGAAGAAGUCCUUCAGCGCAGAAGAGCGGCUGGCCAUAACGCUCAAGUAUUUGGCAACGGGUGAAGUACAUUCUUGUCGAAACUACUGCUUCCGUGCCUCGAAAUUUGUGAUAAACGAAAUGAUUGCCAAUAUCUGUCUGGGCUUCUACGAGCACCUCAAGGACCAAUACGUGACACUACCAAAGACUGACGAUCAGUGGCGCAGCGCCGCCGAGGAUAUGGAGCGCAAGCACAACCUGCCCCACUGUGUGGGCAAUCUGUUCAUGCGCAGCAUCCAGCUCCAGGGUUCAGGAACCGGAUCCAAUUCGAAUUCCGGUGCGGCUAGCAGCGGAUCCGCCGCUGGCGACGAUCGCAAGCGGGCGACCGUCAUCUUUACGGGCAUUGUAGAUGCCGACAACAAUUUCCAGUACGCAAAGGUGGAACGGGCGGCAAGCAGCCGGCCCAAUGACAUCUAUAACCAGACCACUGCCGUUGAGCUGAUCAGGCACAAGAUGCACGCUCUGGAGGAACAACAGUCGGCGGAGAUGGACCGACAGGGCUAUUACUUCGCUGGCGAUUCGGUACUGCCAGCCACAUCGUAUCUGGUAACUACACGCAACCUGCCCAAGGAUCGGGCUGUGCUGGAGGCCCUGGAGCAGGUCAAUGCACACGCGGAUCAAACAAUGCGGAUACUCUGCAAUAUGUUUCCCAUAUUGGCGCAGCCACUGCGCAUUAGUGACAAGCACAUUCGCGAAGUUGUGCUCGGCUGUGUGGCGCUAUAUAAUUUCCUGCGCAAAACGGACGACUCCUUCCGGCGCACCAGCGACAGCAUUGUGCAGCAGAGGGCCGAGCAGCAACAGUUGGCGGCGGCCUACAGCGUCGAUAGCGAUGAGAUUGAUGAUGACUGCAUAAUGCUGGCCACUGAGGAGGAGCUACGCGAGCGUGCCGAGUUCACGCCCAGCGUUGGACUGACCACCUGCUUCCAGCCGCUGUGCACGCAGCGCGGCGAGACGCCCGAAGGUCUGGCCAAGCGAGACUGGCUGCUCCAGCUUGACUUUGGCCAGCAGGGCGGAAACGGAAGUGGUAUUGGCAUAGGAAUUGGCAAUAGUAACAUGAGCGGCAAUGGUGGAAUGGGCGGCAGUACAGACAGUGCGAGUGGCAGCUCAAAUGGGAGUUUAUAUUAGUGCAAUUUACCUAAGUACUUUUACGAAUUUUGUAUAGUUCCUUGUUUUAUAUUUUCUAAAUCUGUAAUCUGUAAUUUGUAAUCUGUAAUCUGUAACAGCAUCUGUUGCCACGUUGCCGACUCUUGUUUACCUCUCGUUUGGCGCAUUCUUCUCUGCAUACCAUUACGAUUACGUUCACGUUCGUUCCAUCUGCGUUCCGUGCUUCAUCUAGGGUUCUGUAUAGUUAGCUUAGUUUCUUACGGAAGUUCCGGUUCCGGUUCGGUGAAUGAUGCUAUGUGAUGUCUCAAAUCUCUAUUGUGGCCCAGUGCACUGCUCCUGGGGAGCAGGCCUAUAUAAAUUGGGCCGAAUAAAAAAAAAAAUAAGGCGGCAGCUGACAAAAUGUGCGAAGUCGACGCGAAGUACAUCGGAAACAGAUCAACAAAAUUAAAAUUUUAGUAUUCGUAUUUAAGCAAAAAACAAAUUAUACAUAAUUAUAUUUACAAAUAAAUGUGUAAGGAGUGGUCUUUACGUGUCGAAACCUUAA